UUCUUCUCUCUUCUAGUUGGUUUAAGUGAAGCGUUUUAUGUCGACUUCUGGCUAGCGAUACUGGCCGAGUACCUCGCUACGUUGUUUUUAAUGUUCGCUGUCUCGGGAUCAGCUUUGAGAUGGGAAGGUGCCCCCACUAUAUUUCAGCAAGCUCUUGCAGCAGGACUUUGCACCGCCUCUUCAAUUCAGGCUUUCAGAUCUGUGAGUUUACCUCUUGUUCACGCAAAUCCAGCUGUGUCACUUGCCGCUUUCAUCACUUCAGAUGCUGGUUUGAUUCGAAUGAUUUGCUCCAUCGUCGCUCAAAUGUUUGGAGGUAGGAAAUAAGUACAAAUGUGUGUCUCGCUAAACCUCGUUAAUCUCGGGACGCAGCGUAAGCUAAAAGCCCUAUCCUGACACCGAGCAGGACUGAACUGGAUAACAACUACUACUACUACUACUGAGUACUACCAGAAUCCACUUCGAUUUUCCUUUUGAUAUUUAUCCACUUGUUGCCCUAAAUUCCCUAAAAGCUCCGAAAAGUUCUAUUUUUCCAUGAAGGGAACUUAUGACAUACUGCCGAGGCAGAAACGAACAUGACAUUCUUCUCUAAAGAGGAGAUUGGUUGUCAAAAGUUCUCUACGGCAGCAGAACAAUGCAUUUUAGUAUAUACUAAAACAGUGGAUAGUGUUUUUCGCGCCCUCUGAUUGGCUACUCAAUCAGUGAAUAUCCUGCACUAUUCACCGAUUCACCUCCGGUUCCUCCGAGCGAGCGACGCUAAACUCGCGUAUUUGCUGCCGAUAACAAACAAAGAAAUUUCAUAACUAAUCAAGCAAGCUGUUCCCGAAAUACCCGAAGAAGGUGACGAAGUUCGGAUUGGAAGUUUUAACAGGUAAAGCUUGUCUUUUUGACACGAAUUUAUCGAUAAAACCGGUGAAAAAGUUUUUUGUUUACAAAUGCAAAUUAAGUUUAAGUCUUGCUUACUUUAUUUAUUUGAGUUGUUCAUAAAUAAGCUUAAAACUAAAUUUAAUAAUCUUUUUUUAUAGAAUGAUUUUAAAUACAAAAAGAAUUCACAACUCCUUUUGAAGAAAUUUCCCCGCAAGAGGUAAACAAAUGCCUUCAAAUGUUUUAAUUGUCAGCAAGAUAAAGCGACGGCCGCGGCCGCCCGGUCAUUACGCGCCAAAAUUGUAAUCGUUGGCAACAGUAUUUGAGUUAAAAAUCGUCAUUUUUGUGCUCAAUUAUGUCACUGUUUUAGUAUAUACUAAAACAAUUAUUCACCUCAGUGUCGGUGGCUAGUCGUGGAUAUUUACCUCACUGCUUCGCAGUUCGGUAAAUAUCCAGGACUAGCCACCUCCACUUCGGUGAAUAAUUGUUAUUUAUUUUGGAUAAGUUAGAGCAGGCCCAUCAUUUGGCGUUGACCCUCCACCGUUUCUUUGAAAUCCUAACACGGUAGAAAAUCUCUUCUUCUUUGCAUAUUUCUGCCUGUUUUUCAGCUAUCACUGGUACGGGAGUUGUAAUGGCCAUAAGUCCUGCCCAUGCUCGCGGGAAGCUGGGAGCAACGUUCCCAGGAAGAGACGUAAGUGGUGUCCAGGCCUUUGGAGUUGAGUUGAUUGCGUCGUUUCUACUUGUGCUUACGAUGCUGUCAUCUAUUGACGCUAAAAAAGAGGCGGCCCGGAGGGAUUAUGGGACAGCUGCUGCACUGGGUGUGGUCGUCACUCUGUGUUAUCUCAUCGCGGUAAGUUAAAAAUAAGACUAUUUUGGCUGUUAAAUUAAGUUAUCCAAUAGUUCUUGCGAAUGUGGCUCUCUCGGUGACCCAACGCGUCUUCUGGGCCAAGCGGAAAGAACCAAGAAAGACUUAGCUAGAAGGCUAUUUAUGUGAGCAAAUAGGUUGGUGGGAGCUCCGGAGGAUCGAAUAGAGGGUGGGAGCGGUUCGGGGAUGGGCUAUGAGAGACGGAAGAGGAAAGGGGGGAAGUGGAAGGGAGAAUCAGGGGUAAAUUUCGCAACAAUGCUUAAUAUAUCGCAAUCGAACGAGGGCUUAAAGACCCACUGCAUGUGCCCCAACCCCACUGUUUAUCUGCGGCCUUAUACAUGUACUGAUCUCAGAAUGUUAAUGCUGAUUGAUCGGUUUUCAAAAACUUUCACUCUACGUUCAGUUACCGAAUCUGAAAACGGUUCUAUCAACUUAAAUGAGGAAGCCUGCUAAAACGGCAAAGCGGGAAUCAGACCUGUAGAUAUAAGAGGAGUAAGGAUGCACAAACAUCAAUUUGUUGAUUCAGUCUUUAUUGCCUUGCAGCUACCGAUAACUGGUUGCGGAGUGAACCCAGCGAGAUCUUUUGCUCCAGCCGUCAUAACAAACACUUGGAAUGAACACUGGGUACAAUUUAGCGAAGGCUCGUAG